UAUAAUUCCAUUGGUCCUUCAAAAGUUGGGUGGAACUUUCCACGCCUUGCUUUCACAUUGCGUCUUUCAAAAUUUUGUUAGGAUACGAUUAAAGGUUUUAUGCAAUAACGUUGCACCUUCCAAAAUAACAAUUAACAAUAGCAAUUAAAAACUAAAAAGUAUAGUGUUAUAAUUAAGAGCCAGCAAGACAUUUCACACUAACAAUUUUUUUAAUGUUACCACGGAGACUCUGAGUCAAUUGCCUUUGUCUUUUGGCCAACUAAUUUUGGCGGGAACCAAUAUCUAUGAACCUUAAAUUAUUUUAGAAAAAUGUUACAUAUCCAAAUUUUUUUGUUAAUCAAGUUCAAUCAAGUUGGUUUAAUAUAACAAAAAUCAGUUAUAUCUAGCAUUAAUCUAAGUCUUAUUUUUUAAUUUGGUUGGACUUGGUUCAUAAAAAGAUCUGAAUGUAUAGCAUUACUCAUAGUUUUAUUACUCAGGUGUGCAGAAAAAUCUUCCUUUAAAAAAAUAAAAUAAAUUUGUUGCUAUUUUCUUUUAAUAACUUGCUUCAUCAUUCAAACAAGAAUUUAAAAAGAUGAAUUAAAGCAAAGCUAGGUGGGCACUCCACUACUUUGAAAUUUGAAUUAUUUUAAGUUACCUGAGAGACUUGCUUGACACCUUCUUUUUACACUUGAUUAAGAAAACUCCUCGAUCUAAUUCACUACAUUGCAACCAUUGUUCUCUUACCUUUCUCUGAAAAUCCGAUCACUUUGCUGUUGUUGUUGAGAUCAUAACAUGGCUGGUGUACUUGUUGGUGGAGCUUUCCUCUCUGGCUUCAUUAACGUUGUCUUUGACAGGCUCCUUACAAAAGAUGCGGUCAACUUGGUCCUGGGAAAGAAGCUUGGCCCUGACUUGGUUGAAAGGCUGAAGACUGCUCUGUUGGGUGCUGAAGCUCUUGUUGCUGAUGCUGAGUUGAAGCAGUUCGGUCAGCCAUUGGUGAGGAAGUGGCUCGAUAGUCUCCGCGAUGCUGUUUACUGUGCUGAGGACUUGCUGGAUGCUGUCCUCCUCAAAGCCACCACUCAAAAGAAUGCAAGUUCUUCCUGGUCCCUUAGCUUCUUCAGCAACCGAGAUAGGGAGAUGGUAGACAAGAUGGAAGGGGUGGUUAGAAGAAUUGAGGAUCUUGGAAAACAAAAAGAUUUCCUUCGUCUUGAAAAGAUUCCCCCUGGUAGCUCAUCAUGGAGGACUUCAUCUAGUUCUCUUGAGAGAGGGAAUGUGUAUGGCAGGGAGGAUGACAAGAAGGCCUUAGUCAAGAUGCUGAAGGACAACAAUGAUCAUCACCUGUCUGUGUUCGCUAUUGUUGGCAUAGGUGGGGUUGGUAAAACAACUUUAGCCCAAUGGCUGUACAACAAUGCAAAGUUGAUGGAGGGAUUUGAUCUGAAAGCAUGGGUUUGCGUUUCGGAGAAGUUUGAAGUUGUUGAGACUACAAAGAAUGUCAUAAAGCAGAUCCAUGGAGGUACUUGUAGUCUCGAUGAUUUCGAUUUACUUCAAAAUGCUUUGAAAAAAAAAUUGUCCAAUAAGAAGUUCUUUAUUGUUCUUGAUGAUGUUUGGAGUGAUGAUGGUGACAAAUGGAGUAAUUUUAUGACCCCUUUCCGACAAAAUGGGAAUAAGGGAAGUAUUCUUCUUCUGACUACUCGGGAGAAAAAAGUUGCUUCCGCAGUUCAAAAUUGCCAGCCUUAUUUUCUCACGACAUUGUCGGAGGACUAUUGUUGGUCAGUAUUUGCGGAAAAUGCAUCUUUUCCAAAAUCAAAUGGGAGAGCAGCACUUGAAGAAAUAGGCAGAAAGAUUGUCAAGAAGUGUGAUGGCUUGCCAUUAGCUGCAGAAACACUUGGUCGCUUGUUACGUACUAAGCAUGAUGUUCAGGAAUGGAACAAGAUACUAAUGAGUGAUAUUUGGGAAUUUUCGGUGGCGGAGAGUAAGAUUAUUCCAGCAUUACUGAUAAGUUACUUCCAUCUUUCUCCAUAUUUAAAGCGUUGUUUUGUUUAUUGUGCUUUAUAUCCCAAAGAUUAUCAAUUUGAGAAAGAUGAAUUAAUCCUUUUGUGGAUAGCAGAAGAUCUUUUACCACCACCAAAGAAAGGGCAGAGUUUAGAAGAAGUUGGUUGUGAGUGUUUUGAUGAACUUACUUCCAGAUUAUUUUUCACAGGGAUUGAUGAUUAUUUUGUGAUGCACGAUCUCUUGCAUGACUUAGCAAUAUUCCUUGCUGGAGAUUUCUAUUGCAACUCAGAAGAACUUGGUAAAGAGGAGGAGAUAAAGAUUCAGACUCGGCAUUUGUUUGUGGAUUUAAGUCAUUGUAGCUCAAAACUUUAUAAUUCUAUUUCUAAAGUAGAAUCUUUGAGAACAUUAUUAUUGUUUGCCAAUUUCUCAUCUCCCAACUGCAACACUGAAGCGGCAACAUGUCAGAUAUUAUCAAAGUGUAAAAACUUGAGAGUUUUACUCCUUAAAAAAUUUGAUGAGGUGCCUAAUUUAUUAAUAGGAGAAUUGAUCCAUCUGCGCUACUUAAAUCUCUCUUGGACUUAUAUUAAGACAUUGCCAGAGUCUUUGUGCAGCUUGUGUAAUUUGCAAACACUGAAAUUGUAUUAUUGUUCUAAGCUAACUACACUGCCUAGUGGUUUGCAUAAUCUUGUGAGUUUGCGGCAUCUUGAUAUUAGAGGAACCUCUUUGGAAGAAAUGCCCAGAAAAAUGAGCAAAUUGAAUCAGUUGCACGUUUUGAGUUCCUUUGUCAUUGGCAAGCACGAAGACAAUGGAAUUCAGGAGUUAGGAGGGCUUGUAAAUCUUCACGGAUCCCUUGAGAUUAAGAAGUUGGAGAAUACUGUUAAUGUGAAAGAAGCAAAGAUGGCAAAGAUAAUGGAUAAGAAGCACAUUGAUGAAUUAUGGUUGGAAUGGUCUUCAGGUGAUGAUUUGGUUUCAAGCACAGAAACAGAAAGAGACAUGCUGGAUAAGUUGCAACCGCAGAAUGGGUUGAAAGAGUUGGGAAUCACGGGAUACAAGGGUACAAUAUUUCCAGAUUGGGUUGGGAAUUGUUCCUACCAAAACAUGACUCAUGUAUCUCUGCUGUCUUGCAAGAAUUGCUGCAUGCUGCCUUCACUUGGACAGCUGCCAUCUCUUAAGACCCUGCUUAUUGAAGGUUUGGAUCAGGUGAGGAGUAUUGGCGAGGAGUUUUACAAGAAUGAAGGAGAUCAUCAUUCUUCGCAUAUUGCUCUGUUUCCCUCGCUGGAGAGAUUGGAAUUUGAUGAUAUGGCACGUUGGGAGGAGUGGCACUUACCUGACUCAAAAGCUUUUCCUCAACUUAUGAUUCUUCAUAUAACAAAUUGCCGAAUGUUGAAGGAAGAGAUGCUUAAUCAGGUAUUCUUCAGAAUCGUUUCUUCUUUGUCGGAUGUUUCCAAAGUUCGCAAACUACAUAUAGACGACGAAUUUUAUCCACAGAGGAAGACCAUGAAUCUUUAUGGGGAUCGUUUAUCAGUUACGGGAUGUGAAUCUGUGAGGGAAUCUGCAUUAAAGGCAAUGAAGAGCAUGAACCAUCUAAGUUGCCUGCAAGAAAUAUACAUCUCAGGGUGUUCCUCUCUUGUAUCCUUUCCGGCCAAUUGUUUUCCCAAAUCUUUGCAAAAGCUGAAAAUCAGUAGCUGUAAAAAACUAGAAUUCCCUCAGCAAAAGAAGCGGAAGUAUGAUCUGGUAGAGCUACAAAUACAAAACAGCUGUCAUUCACUGACCUCCUUGUCGUUGGAUGCCUUUCCCAAUCUCAAGAAUCUCGACAUAUCAUGGUGUGAGAAUCUGGAAUCAGUCUCAAUGUCAAUGCCACCACACGCUGCUCUUCAAAGCCUCUCCAUCUAUAAAUGCCACAAAUUAGUGUCAUUUGCAGGAGAAGGACUGGUUGCACCCAACUUGACUUAUCUCAGCCUCAUACAAUGCUACAAUUUGAAGGCAUUACCACGUGACAUGAAUAGUCUACUCCCAAGUUUACAGUCUCUCGAGAUAUCAGAGUGUGAGAAUCUGGAAUCAAUCUCAAUGUCAGAGGCACCACAUGCUGCUCUUCAACGUCUCAAAAUCAGUGGGUGCUCCAAAUUAGUGUCAUUUGCAGGAGAAGGACUGGCUGCACCCAACUUGACUUAUCUCCAGAUAUAUGAUUGCCCAAACAUUUGCAGGUUACCAAAGGGUGGUUUGCCGCCUAACUUGAAAUCACUUGAGGUGGGAAUUUGCGAGCAACAAAUGAGGGAUCUAUCAUGGAUGUCCAACUUGCCCGCCCUCACCUAUCUCAAAUUUUAUGGUUAUGGCUGCGACAACAUAAAGUCAUACCCAGAGGUGGGUUCGCUGCCUCACCUUCCCUCCCUUACCACUCUACAUAUCGAAGACUUUUAUAAUCUGGAGACAUUGGAGUGCAACGAGCUUAUCCGCCUCACCUCCCUUCAACAAUUGCACAUUCAUCGGUGUCCAAAGCUGGAGAAUAUGGAAGGAGAAAAGCUGCCUCCCUCUCUCUUCCUACUUCGACUUACAAGGUGUGAUUUGCUGGGAGAACACUGCAAGAACAAGCAUCAACUAAUCUGGCCCAAAAUUUCCCACAUCCGCACCAUUGAAUUCACAGAUCCCUGGUAG